AUGGAUGAAGCAGACCAGUCACCGCCAAAACGGCACCCAGCCGUGGACCCCGGAGUCCAUUCAAGAGCGAGCGCGCUUCCCGCACAAUCAUCCAUGGAUCGCACAAAACACUUGGUUGACUUGAUGACGGACCGAGACGCCACCAAUCCGUAUUCCGAUGCCAUGGCCGCAUCACCACUUCAUGCCAUGGAAACUAAAGCCAACGAUCACACACCUCCAAACAGCAUGGAGAAGUACGAGACUAGUGGAGAUGCAGGCGCAGAUAUGGACGAAGGUACUUGGCACGAACGCGCACCGUGGGCUACACAACCAUCACCUAGCCCCAAUCCCCUCGCCGGCCUUUCCUACCCACCUGAUUUCCAUCCAGACUCAGCGCCGAUACGGGAAGCAGCGAACAGCUCUCCCUCGCCGACGCAUGCGGAGUCACCCCUACUACGUCCGCGCCGACUCUCUAUCCUCUUGAACAAGGCUAUAUCCUACUUCGGCAGCUGCAUAGGCAGCUAUUUCACAUCCGCGCCUGGCGUGAUCGAGUAUACUGGUGCGGAUAUCCUGCGAAAUACCCAGAUUGGCAUUGAGGCGGAAGAGAUCACAAUACCGGACAUGCCUGCAUUGAUCAGAGUCAUAGCCAUCGUUGCAGAUAGCUCUGGCGCAGGCAGAGACAAAGAUGAGAAAUACGAGGCAGUAGAAAGGCGUGUGGAGUUACGGGCAAAGCCUAAGCGAGUGAAAGAAAUUUUGAGAGGGGAGAGAUAUUAUGUUGCGGAAGACUUCUAUAGGAAGGAAAUUCAGCUCGCAUUUAAAGCUUUAGGAAAGUUGUGA